AACUCAAUGGGGUUGUCUAUUUUUAACCUCCUGUUCUUUCCUUUUGGCAGAGUAAUCAGUGCAAGCUGAGCUCUUUCCCUGAAUGAAUUCAAGUAACCCUGAUGGUUGCCCUCUGAAAUGACCAGCAGGCACACAUCUGUACAGAGAGGCUGCCUAAAGUAUAAACUCUGGUUCUAAAGUACCAUGUCCAGCCAAGGAAGUCCUGGUGCGGAGUUUUCUACAACAACAGUCAGUUCGGUAGCUGUGCAGGCUGGAGACUCCAAAAUCAUUAUAGCUGUUAUAAAGUGUGGCACAUGGGUCCAACUUCAGCUGGCUGAAUCACAGCCUAAUCUUUUAGAAAUUGGUAGCAGUCAAGAUGAAACCAAAAAACUUCUUCAGGAUCAUGAACUUCUUUUGGCCAAGCUCAAGGCUUUGGAAGAUCGGGUAUGGGAACUCUUAGAGGAAGCAGACAAGACAGCUGAAGAAAACAAGGACCAGCAGCAGGUCUAUGAUGCGAUGGCUAAGACCCUGGGUGAAGCGUGGGCAGCUCUGGUCUCCGUGCUUGAAAGAAGAAGGGAGCUGCUCAGACUGACCUCUGAAUUUUUCGAAAAUGCCUUAGAGUUUGCUAUUAAAAUAGACCAAGCUGAAGAUUUCCUCCAGAACACUCAGGAGUUUGAGAGCACUGAAUCCUUAAAAUCACUUCUUCAGCUCCAUGAGCUUCAUACCAAAGAACUCUUAGAACGAUCUUUAGCUCUUUUAAACAAAAGUCAACAACUCACUGAAUUCAUAGAAAAAUUUAAAUGUGAUGGGCCUAAUGCAAAUCCCGAGUUGAUUCAGGGAGCUCAAAGCAGCUGCCUGAAGAUCGACAGCCUUCUUGAACUUCUGCAGGACAGGAGAAGGCAACUAGACAAGUACCUGAAGCAACAGUGGCAGGAAUUGAGGCAGGUUCUGCAGUUAUGUCAGUGGGACCAGCAAGAAAACCAGGUGACUUGUUGGCUUCAGAAAACCAUAAAAGAUUUACAGGAGCAACAUAUCGGUUCAUCACUUUCAGACAAUGAGGAGCUAAUUCGUAAGCAUGAGGAACUGAUUAUAAAAGCAAAGGAAUGGAAUUCCAGAGUUGAGAAGCUGAAGAGUGAGGCCCUCAGGAUUCCGCUGUCGAAGGACCAUGCAGACAAGGAGCACCUACAGCUCUCUAGCCAGAAACUGAAUCUGCUUCAAGAAGAACUCGGUCGGCUCAUGGUGGAAAGGAAAACCUGGUUGCAAAAGGCAAAUGAGUUUUUUAACAGUGCUAACAAGGCAUUUGAUGUACUUGGAAGAGUUGAAGCUUACCUUAAGCUCCUUAAAUCAGAGGGUUUAAGUCUGCCUGUCUUGGCAGCAAGGCAUGAGGAAUUACAUAGAGAAAUUACAGACUGCACAGCUGACGCUUUGCAAAAAGGACAAACGUUAAUCAUCCAAGUAGACUCCUGCAGCUCUCGGGUUAGCGGCGUCCGUGAAAUGAUGGGAUGCAUCCGGAGACGAGUGGAUCAGCUAACCGGACAAUGUUCCGCACACAAGGAGUUUGCUCUUAAGAAACAGCAAUUAACAGCCUCAGUGGAGAGUCACCUAAGAAAGGUGGAAAUGUCAGUUCAGAAAAUCAGUCCAGUGCUUUUCAAUGCAAUGGAUGUUGGUUCCAGCCUUCCUGAGUCAGAGAAGAUUUUGAGUAAAUAUCUUGAAUUAGAAAUCCAAGCUAAGGACACAUCACAUGAAUUAAAAGCAGCUGCAAAAAUCAUGACAGAGAAAAAUGAAUUUGAACCUGAUGAAGUAGCAUCACUUUCUUCUAAAGCUAAAUGGCUAGAGGAAGAAUUAAAAAUACUUUGCCAAAGCAUUGGCUCCAGGUUACAAAUUCUUCAAACUUACGUGGCCUUUUUAAAGUCGUCAGAGGAGGUAAAGGAGCAGUCUCAAAGCCUAAUGGAGUUUUACCAAACUGAAAUCCCUCGGAAGGAAGAGGAUGAUGCUAAAGCCAAGUAUUGGUCUGACUCAGCUGAGAAGCCGUGGCAGCUAUUUUUAAAGAAGAGUUUUUUAACUCAAGACCUAGGGCUUGAGUUCCUUAAUUUAAUAAAUAUGGCAAAACAGAACGAGAUAUUAAAUGUGAAAAAUGAAGUGCAUAUUAUGGAGAACACUAUUGAAAACCAGAAGGCACAAAGGGAAGAACUGACCCGCCUUCGGGUGGCAUGGCAACUUAAAACCACUGAAAGCAAGCCUGUGAAACAAUGGUGGGGAGCAUUCAAAGAGCAACUGAAGAAGACUACUCACAACUUAAAACUUCUGCAGGAAGCACUUAUGCCUGUGUCUGCCCUUGACCUUGGAGGGAACCUCCAGACCAUUUUAGAUCUACGAAAAAAAUGGAAUGAAAUGAAGCCUCAGUUCCAGCAACUGCAUGAUGAGGUUCAGUACAUUAUAAAAGUAUCAGAAGAGUUACGUGGUAAAGGAGCCCCUGUGAAAGAGAAGUCUCAACAACUGAAGGACCUCAUUCACCUCCAUCAAAAGCAGAAAGAGAGAAUCCAAGAUUAUGACGAUAUCCUGUACAAGGUAGUCCAGUUCCACCAAGUCAAGGAGGAGCUGAGACGUCUCCUCAAAUCAAGAGAACUGGAAUUUCUCGAGCAGCCGAAAGAACUGGGAGAUGCGCAUGCUGCUCUGAUUGACCUCAGCCGCUCUCGGGAAAAGCAGGCACAGAUAGACCAUCUCCAUGGGCUGGCCGUCUCCUUGGGGGUGGACAUCAUCUCCUCAGUGCAGAGGCCUAACUGCUCUAAUAUUUCUGCAAAGAACCUACAGCAGCAGCUGGAGACCCUUGAGAGGGACAAUGUGAACUGGCGUGCCAAAGCUGAGGCACACGAGCGGUCCCUGUCCCGCAGCUUGGAGUAUUGCACCACGAGAGACGAGAUAAACGAGCAGUGUGUCACAGGACUGCAGCGUUUAUAGUCUGUGUUCCAGGGAGUCAACUCUGGCAAGAGACUCAUUAACUCAUCCGUAUGAAAACCCCAGUGCAGCCUGCCCUGUAUGUGGUAGAAUGGUUUCUUCCAUCAUUACACUUCCACACUACACACUUCCACUGUGUUGUUGACCCAGCUCACACUUCCAUCAGUAAUAAGAAUCUGUAAGGUUUUGUUAAGGAAAAUGGCUGGAGAGCAGUUGUUCUCCCCAAGGCUACAAAAUCUGGAUUCAGCAGCCAUGGCACGAAUAUUUUACAGUCUUUCCCCAAAGGUAUCUUUUCUUUCUGUUUUUGUUUUUGUUAUUGUUGGGUUUUUUUUAUAUAUACUCUUGUCUUGCUGAAAAUCUCCCUCCCUUUAGUGAUGGUUCGAUCUACACUUACUGAAAGCACAAGUGGGCCUGCCAAGGAUUAUUCCCAGAUCCCUGUUGCUCAGAUUUCAUUUCCCAAGUGCUGUGGCAUUUAUGGAGCCCAACACCCCCCUCCAGGCCCUGCCCUGAGUGGUUCUAUUUUCAGGGACUGCCUCAUGAUGACUCUGUGUGGGGAGGCAGCCAGCCAGGACAACAGAUGUCCCUUCUAGCCAGGCACAGUAGGGACGCCUGGGGAUUGUCUGUACCGUAGUAGGAAUGAGCAACUAGAUACGUGGGGAUUUGAUUUAGGAAUCCGAUAUCACUUUAACAUGCUCUCAAAUAUUAAGAGAAGUAUUCUCCCCAAUUGUUUCUCCUCUGAACCCAACUAAUCUUUGAUCAAGUUACAGUUUCACAUUAUAGGAUCUUUGAAACUCUCUAGUCCUUUCCUCUUUCUCUUUCUUGUGGAAAUAUAGUAGCAUGUCACUGUAGCAGCCGCACGCUGGGCGUUCCACCCAAGACAAGCCUAACAGGAAAAUAAUCAGAAGGAAAAUUUCAGUGCCCAUUAGUAAAAUGAAGAUAUGCGCGUAUCCUAGUUUGAAUUGUGAAGGUCAGAGCAUGAACAGAUGGCCACAUAUCACAGUGAUAAUAAUAUUUGACAUCCAGACAUUAUUUUUGUUAUCAUUACUAGUCUUUGGGUAUAGAUACCUAAAACAUUAUGUAAAAUUAAAAGUGGUAUGUUACACUAAUUUUUUUAACUGUGUAUAAAAAAAGCCAGAUACCCUGCCAGGGAACUAGAUCAAGCAUAACAUUUUAUAUCUUUAGCUGAUUUUAAAACAUGUUGCUGUGCUUCCAGUGUAUUUAAAGUGCUUCUUGGAAGUUCACAGGCUCUGAGUUGAAAUUGAUUUUAGAGGUUGUCUAGUCCAAUACCUUCAUUUUUCGGAUGAGAAGAGGGGUACAAGAACAUUUAUUAGGAACCAGCACACUUGUCACUUGCUAAACUCUGAAUUCACCAUCCACUUAAUGUUUUGGUCACAUUCAAGCACUGCGUGGUCUGACAUUAAUAUAUCUUUCUUUUUUCUGUGCUUUCUUUUUAUAUCCCUAUUUUCUGGUAUAUCUGUUAAAAAUUCUUUGUAUGGUCUGAUAUAAAAGCACAGUUUAUUACAGUUUUUUCAAUGAAAAUUAGUCUCAACUAUGUCGAGGUUAACUUACGUGGUCUUAGCCGCACUUAGGAUCUUUAGAAAAGGACCCCAUACCUCAUGGCAAAAUAAUGGGAGGUGCUCUUAAUUUGAUUUUUUUAUGUGAUGCGAUGUUUCUUACAGACAAAGAAACUGUGGUCUUUUGCUUUGAUUAUCUUUGGGUAAAGUAUUAGUUUUUUUUUUUUAUCAUUUCAUACACUAUAUAAGGAGCAUCAUUAGUUACUCAUUUUUUACACAUCUAAAUUUAGAAAUGUAAUAAGUUACUAUUGAGCAUGUUUUCUUCUUACAACCUGACCAAAAAAAUUGCCUUUAUAUUUAUAUGCUGUUAAUGGGGGAAAUUUGUAACUAGAGGCACAUAUUAUGGGUCACAAACAAUUACUUUGAUGAAAAAGGAUAGAAUGACAGAAUUGGGUUGGCAUCUGUUUACUAAAAAUAAUUUUUCAGACAGAAGCUUACAGAUAAUUAUAUUGCUUAGCCUUAAAAUAUUUCCACUAUAGUAACACCUUACCCAUCAGGAAGUAAGCAGAAAAGGAAUGUGUCAGAAUCAUGUGCUCCAGUUACAAGACUUCUUUUAUCAUCUUGGAUAAGUUGGUCAUCUGAAUUCCAGGGAUACAAAUCAGAUUAGAAGAAGUAAAUUAUUAUAGGGGAAUGGCACUGCUACAGAUGCAUACCUGUAUAAUAAAACCGAAACCACUGGACUUUGUAUAGCACUUUGCCAUUGACAAAGUGACCACAGACACCUGCCUGCUACCAGGAAAGGAAGCAGAAACAGGUCUUGUGUAGAGGGGCAAAACUCCCUUCCAGGCAGCACUGUGGUAUAGUACAGACAAUAGUUACUUCCCAAGUUGAUAACACUAAUUCGCCAUUAAAAAAAAUAAAUUAUCUCCACUCAACAAACCUUUAAUGUGACUACCAUGUGCCAGGCCAUAAGAAUCUUCAGGAGACAGUUCAGAGAGAAUUAAAGCCUGUGAGGCUCCAUCGUCACAGCUGCUUGUUAAUCAGGCUCCAUCCUGUUGAGGGUUCAUUAUUAUAUGGAAUUGAGUCCAUUUGGGUGGUAUGUUUCAGAGGAUAGGAAAGAUCAUAAUUUGUUUCAAAACCCUCUAUUCCAUAUGGUUAAAAUCUUUUUAAAAUGUGUGGCUUAAAAUAUGGAAAAUAUUACUAUGUGGAAUAUGCCUAAAGAAUAUAGACAGUUGAAGUUUAAAACCAUAGUUGUCGUAUCCAGGUCAUAAAAGUUAAGAAAGAUAUCAUGAGCUUGCAGAGUGAAUACAAUACUAAUUACUGAGACAUGCUGUCAUCUACAAUUACAAAUGGAACAACUGUUUUCUCUUUACAAGCUGCCCCAUUUUCUGCCACCACAAGACUGACUCCCCCAGGAAGAACAGAGUCAUGGUUGCUGAAUGGGAGAAAGCCAAGAAAGUCAUGUCCCAAGAUAUCUACAGUACUAAGACUUAACAUUCUACCAUUAAUAGUUGUGUCAAAUCCUUUGGGUUCAAUUAUGAGUCUUUGGGUGCCUUCAUUUCGAAAACAGGCAUUCCUAGGAGAUGUGACCAUUACACCCUUAUGUUACUGAAAAUGACUAUUAGAAAACUUCUGGAGUGGGCAAAAUGGUGGGCAAGAAAUGAAACUCAUGAAGUAGACAUUAAGAGAAUGAAAACUGAUUACCCGUUCUGUAUUUUUGCUUCUGGUCAAAUCUGUGUCAUAUUCAAAGGGGAGACUUUCUUUUUAAAUUCAUUCCCCAGUUUUAAAAUGUCCCAUGUCCCUCCCAUGAGUUAGCCUUGCCAGCAACAGACUUACAAAUAGUAUGUUCUUGUGCCAAAGCCUCCUCAGCCAGCUUAGUCAAGACUAAGAAUAGCAAGCCAGCCUUGCUUCUUGACAGGCUCUUUCUCUUCUCCUUCUUCUCAAAAGAAGCCUUGUUAAUUUCUAAUCCUAAGAGGGGGCUUUCUGCUCUCUGGGAAAUUGGUGAAGAUGCUCAUUCUACUAGUUUUACAAGAACUACAGUUUCAAGUUUUAAUAUAUUUUUUCCUAAUCAAAACAAUAUUUACUUAAUGUCUUUAUGCCUUGGCAAAUAUGGAGUAGCUGUAAAGAUUUCUAAUAAAACAACUUUAUUUUGGCCCAGGCUUUGGGUGUUUUCUUUUGCUUAUGUGUUUAAGCUGAGCACUUGUCUUUGCCAUCGCCACCAUACCCUAUUGCUGACAAGCUAACUAAAGUUAGAAACAGCUGCAUGAACCAUGACACCCAAGCCAGGCAAACAUGGUACUCAGUUACUUUAAAAAUAUGACCACAAGGUAUGUGGGGAUUAUAUGGGAAGUUAAGUUUUCAUAUUGGAACGUCCAGGUAAGAAAAUUAAGCCAGGCUAAAUUUUUCUAUUGUUGAAGGUAGUUCACGCAUACUUCCUUCCAGUUGUCCUGAAUUUGAACUGGGAAAGACACAGGGAUUUAGAUUUAAAAUGGAACUUCAGUAGGACCAAAAGAGAAAGUUCCAGUAACUGAUGACUUUUAUCAGGAGAGCUCAUGUGUCAGAAAGAAGCUGAUCCCAUUUCACAUGCCUACAUUUUUUGAACUUAUAAAUCAUCUCCAGUGGAAGGGCAUACAUUCUGAAGCAAACAGAAAUACAAUCAUACUCAUCAUUUAUCAGUCUUAAAUUUCUUAAUUCCAAGUAGACUUAAAAUUUCAUGUUUAGAAUUAAAGUCUUAAGGAUUAGCCUUUCUCCAUUCAUCAUACAACUUUUCAAAUAGACAUUGAUCUUUUCCAUGUAAAUAAGCAGAUGUAAUCCAGUGGUUAUCAGGAUGAUGACAGAACCCCUCUUCUUUUCCCUAGAUUGAAGUUCAUAAUAUAUGUAAUGUUCCUAUAGGGAAAAAAAAGAAUUUAAAUUUUAUUGUCCAACAGAUAAUGUUAGUGGUAGAAUAUGUUUUUUUAAAACAAGAAUUACUGGCUCCCUCAGAUAUGGUCAUUAUUACAGAUUCUGACUUUGAGGGAAAAAAAAGUUCCUGCCAAAGUUAUAUGUGAAUAACUAAGGAUGUAGUUCCCUUUGUAUCUCAGUCCCACAUAAUUAAGCUCAUUUGUCCUUUGCCACUAAAUCAAACACAUGCAUAUUUAAACUUUGAAUGUCAUAGAAAUGAAAUAGAUGUUGGUUAUUUCAUAAAUACACCAUCUGAAUCUGUUUUUUAAAAUAUCUUCCUAAGCACUAAUAGAGAAAUAGUUUUCAAAUUUUGAUGCUAUAGCUUUUUUUCAGUGCUGCUGAACAUUACUGAUUUGUCAAUUAAAAUAUUUUAUGUGGUUUCUUGUGCUUGAUUUAGUUUGGAGCUUAAAACUAAUGUUCAACAAUUUCAUUUACCAUAUAAAAUAAACAAUACCAAUUAAGUGUAGGUUUGUCAGAUGCAAAAAUUGCAUCAGUGUAAUAAUUUCCAUGUUUGCAAGUCUGCUACGACUUUAUAGAUAAUUGUCACCAAGAAGUGUGAAAGAUGAGGUCAGAGUUUUGUUUUCGCAGUGUGCAGAAUUUGAAAUGAACAUCUUGAGAAAGCAUUUUCCAGGGAAAAUAUGGUUUUCUGCAUUAGAAGUCUAAAAUUUAGCAUGUGCACAGUGAUUUAUUUCCUCCCAAAUAAUUUGUGUGCUGUCAUUUAAAAGAAUUUUAAUGUUUUUCUGAUUUUUCUUACCAUAGCUCAAAUUUAUCAACCAUGACAUUGUUCAUUCUUACUGUUAAAUGCCUCCAUAUAAUAUGAGAAGGUUGCUGUUUUAUAAAGAAAGAGUUGCCUACCCAUGUACUUAUCCUUCUUGAACAAAGAGAAGGCACAGAAAGUGGUGUGUUUAAUGGAACUGGACUGCUUAGAAUUUUGGUGCACUGGUAAAGUUGAACUGUUUUAAAAGACUGUCAUAAUCUAUAUCCUAUUCUCAAUGCAUAGACAUAUACUUUGUUUAUACACAAAUUAGUUUUGCCAUUACUGGCUGCAACUGUUGCUUUAUUUUUUGUUUUUGAAGGACCUCUGAGGUUAAUGGCCCGUCCCUAAGAGGUAAAUCUCUUCUGGAAAAUGCUCAUUAAAAUAAAGUUCUCUUCCUACAAAAUCUCAUAUUGGGUCUCUUCUUCCACUCUAGUAAAAUUCUAGGUUGUCUAAUGUCAACACUUAAUUGACCUCUGCAAUAUGAACAGCUCCUCAGCACCUUAAUGUAUUUCUACAUGACGGCUGUAAGAAAGCGCUAGGAGAAGAGGGAUCUAGGACAAAAAUUAGCACACAGAGAACGAAUGAAUAGAAAAAAACAACAAAUAAAUGCAAAUAAGAAAAUUGGACUUGUUGAAAGUCUAUGAUA